AUGCCGUAGCAAUGAUCGAAUGAGGUGAGGGUUAGAAGGGCGGGGCGCCCACAUCAGCCAAAAGCAAAAGCAAAAGUCAAAUUGAUAGAUAGAUAGACAACAAGAUGAGCAGCACCGGAGUCCGACCGCGAGUGACGGCAUCGCCUCGCAAGCAGCCACCACCACCACUCACUACUACUACUAGUAACAAUGCUUCCACAACGAUACGACGACCCAUCUCGGCACGUAAAUUGAACACUGUGUACAAGACCAAUGCCAUCCAUCACAAGAAUCAUUCCUUCUGGUUUUUGCGGCCGGCCUUUUUGGUGCGACUGGUUCUCUUUGCCGUGGUGGCUGUGUGUUCCGUCAGUCUGGCGAUUCGAUUGCAUGCCGUGGCCAUUCAAGGCGUUUCCACCAAGUCUACUACUACAAGCAAUAAUAACUACAAAAGCCACCGAGUUUUGUUUCAACCGAAUCCCGUGCAUCUGUUGUCGUGGGACACAAUUUCCAAACAAGUCCAUCGGCAAUUGCUCAUGAGUGAAGUGGGCUAUCAAACGAGACCUCGCGUCUUUGCCGCGUUUUGGCCCAAAGACUAUGAUGAAGACAGCAAAGACAAUCCACAAUCAUCAUCCACUACUACUACCGAUAGCAAAAUCAAUCUGCAGUACCGCCGCAUGGAUCCCAACUUGAUUUUGCCUCUGACCGAUCGCAACAUUUACUUGUCCAUGGAAGCGGUCAAGGCACAAUUGCAUCUCGAAAACUCCAAAGACUACGACAAUGGCGCCGCCGAUCCCUUUGAAGAAGGAGACUGCACACGCCAGUAUGAUUGGCAGCUCACGUCGUAUCCCACCUGCAAUGAUUUGCACGAACAUCCACUUUGGGAUAUGCACACUUCCCGUGGAUCCAAUGUCAAGUUUCUAGCGAGUGGCUAUUGGAGAGAUACCUGGAUGGUCCGUGAUGGCGAAUGGCAACCGCACGCCCUCAAAACAAUACGAUACAUGCACGACUACGAACCCCGCAAUUACGAUCGACAUCGGCGUGAUGCCGUGGCCAUGGAACGCAUGACGGCAUCCCCCAAUGUGGUGUCCAUUUAUGGAUUUUGUGGAAACUCCGGCAUGUUUGAAUUUGCCGAUGGAGGAUCUCUGGAAGAUGCCAUUUGGUAUUCGGACGAACCCGAGUGGAAUGCCACGGAAAAACUUAUUGUCGCUUAUCAAGCGGUCUCGGGGUUGGCCGAUUUGCACAAUGUGGAUGUGGAGGGACGAGCGUCCAUUGCCCAUACCGAUAUUGUGCCGUCGCAAUUUGUAUUUGUCAAUUCCAAGGGACGAUUUCUACUCAAUGAUUUUAAUCGAUGUCGAUUCAUUCGAUGGAACCAAAAGGAGGACAAGGCGUGCAAGUUUCAUGUGGGAAGUAAUCCAGGGACUUUCCGAUCACCAGAAGAAUACCGAUACGACUUGGAAUCGGAAAAGGUGGAUAUCUACUCCCUUGGCAAUGUAUUUUACUCCAUCAUGAUGAAGGAAUACCCUUACGAAGACAUUUCCAAAAAGAAGGCACAAAAACUCAUUAUGGAUGGAAAACCUCCUCCCAUUCAUGCCAAUUUUACCAAUUCCACGGAUCCAUUUACACGGGCACUCGUCAAGGCGACAUACAUGUGCUGGACCCUGGAUCCCGAGAAACGAGCCACGGCACGGGAGGUGGAACACUUUAUCGAUUCCGAAUUGGAACGGCUGGGGGUGAAUGGGAAGCAAGCCGCGUAGUUCUAUAACGUGGCUACCGUAUAGCUACGAGCUACGUUCUUGCUAGCUAGAACAAGGCUGUGUCUAGAUGUGGAUACCAGCCAGGCUUUUGGAUGGGACAAGGACGAAGAACGAGCGAGGACGCAAGCAUUCCCGCGCCGAUUCCGAAAGUAAAAGGGGCCCUGUUUCAGUUACACAUCUCUACUAGCUAGUAGAUAGCUAGUCCAUCGAAACGAUCAGCUCUCCCUGGAAGCAAGACUACCAAUGGUUCAACCCGACCUUGCGUUUAUUUCGAGCAAACCCAGAGCAACUUAAUGCUAGAGCUGCCAGAAGCAAGCAAUAAACUAAUGUCAAUGAGGGUGUACUAUCAGGAGUGGUUCAUCAGUUUCAAGACUAGCUAGCCAAGACACCGCGCUAUUCUCAACAAUGCAAGCACUGGUUGUUGAUCUGGUACCUGGUAUUGCUUCGGCACGUUAUCAAGUUUUGGGCUUCCCAGGAUUCGAUUCAUUCGAGUCUUGAAGCACUUCAGUUUCCAAUAAAGCGCAGCCACUCCAGUCCAAAGUAAAGGGAUGGUGGCCAACUCCAUCGACCAUCGAUGUCAUGUGCGGACUGAGAUGGACUGAGUCACUACAAUACUACAAUGUCAUGACAUUGUAGUUCUACCUAGCUACUAGCUAGCCACCGGUGGUACCAGGAGGCAGGAGGAGGAGCUACAGUGCUACAGUAGCUAGCCAGGAACCCAUAAAUGACCUUGGUUAUUCUACAAGUGUGUCUCAAGAUUCUCUGAGCGGAUGUUUGCAAUGAUCCCAAAGAGUUCGCAAAGCCUUCGCAAAAAGCUUGUACUCUAUUAAUACCGGUAUCGCCACAAGUACUGUACUGGAGUACAGAUUUAAGUCCUAAUUGACAUGAGGCCACCAUGGUUUCUUCUAAGACGUUCUCCUUCGAUUCGAUUCGAUUCGAUUCAUUACUAGUGCUAUGGAGCACUCGUAAAUGCAAGUACAAGAGGGGUAAAAGCAGUUUCAAGGCCACAGUGGUCAAAAGUCCUCUAUCUUUUCUUCUUUCUUCUUUUGCUUUCACUAAAUCACAAAAUAAAUGUAGUACUGUAAGAAGAAAGUCGAAGAAGUGAAGUCGCAGGUCGCAGGCUCCGCAAUCCUAAUGGCACCAGUAGGUACUUGAGUUGUGGGACAUGAGACCAGCAGAGGUGCGUGUACCACUAUAGUUUCCACUAUGGCAAGUAGAAACUCCCAUUCUGGCUCUUGCCAUCAAGCUAGACCCACGAAGUCUUACUGUAGUUGCAUUGAGCGACAAUGUAGACUAAUCGGCAUUAUUCUUCAUCAAAUUUUGCUGGCACAGCGGCACAGCAUUACUUGACCGGGAUUGUUGGACAAGAAAUCGGCUUUUCAGUUACUGUUGUGCUAAACAGGAAGGUGCAAUCGGUCCUGGAUGGCUACUUUCACCACUUGCUUGAUAAGGUUGACUCAAAAAGGAAAAACGUUAAAUACAUGCCGCUGGCUUGAGCCUGAUGAAGAUUCCAGCGAAUCUCCAAGAACUUGUUCCCAAAUCUCGGUCCUUGCAACUAUUCACAUACUUCUUGUUUUGCUUUAUAUUAUUAUUUUUCAAAAUGCUUUACGAUCUGUUUUGAACCAGUGUCCGUCCAUCACAUGGAAGACACUCUUGAAUCAAGAACCAGUUUCGGCAAGACAGAAAUUUGACAAUCCCGGAAGCGUCACCUUCGCUCCCUGUUCAUUAGGACCCUUCUCGAUUAGGCCCGCUGCCCCUAAGCUAAAAAACGCGAAGCAUUGGGUCCCAGCAGGAAGUGGAUGCAGGAGUAUGGGGGAUGCGGGAUGAUAAGAAGUCCUGCAUUGUCUUUUUACAAAGAAAGUGGUUAAAUCAAGGCAAGAGUAAAGUGGUAAUUAGUAAUUAGGUUACCGCUGUUGACAAGCUGUUUCUAGUUGCUCUCCAAGAAACGGGCUUCGGGUGGCCAAUGAGUCCAACUGUAACCUGUCCAGUGCGCAGUAUAUUCUCUACGUGUGAUUCCACGGUGAAGGCGAAGAUUCACCAAAAGAACAGGCUCUUAUACGUGGCACUCCCAACAAAGUAGCAACAAUAAUGCAGCAGACUUUUAGUGGUUGUACUCCGCGAGAAACCCAAGGAACAAUAGAAAUCCACGGUGACUCGACUGUUCAAAAUCAAGAUUAGGGGUGCCCCAAAUCCUAUAGUAAUUCAGUACUUUAGUAACUAUUCAGUGAAGUGAGCAAAGUAGCUGCAAAGUAGAGCUAAAGUAGACAAGUCCUUG